AUUGAAUGAUUUUUUACUCUCUCGGAGCCUCCUGGCUAGGAUGGUUGCAGUGAGAGCAAGUGUUAUUAUUAGAGUACCAUUACUAACACUGAUUUGAAUAUGUGGGUCACCCCACAAAAAAAAACACUCACUAGGUCUACAAAAGAUCUUGAUUCCUGACAUUUCUCCACUUCAAAUGAGUCUUAUAGCACUUACCUUCCUCCAGGCACACCUCUCGGAGGCAUUGGUGGUAAUCUACUCGUAUUCUUUAACAGAACUUGCUUGUUCAAUGCCAUUUUACUCUGAAUAAUUCAAGCUGAGCUCUGUGCGCUAGCAGUCUGGCCAAUACGCCGCUAAAGCACACGCGGGCUGCGGCGGCGCGGCCGGGACAGGGCCGGGAUGUGGUACGGUAUACCAGGGUAUACCGUACCGUAUUGGUGGACCGACGCCGACCGACCAUGUACCGUACCAGUGCAUGCAGUGCAGUGGUGGUGGGCGGGGUCAAUUCUCAAUGGUCAAUGUGCUGACAUCGGGAAUGACUCAGCGAAAAGAACGCUUUCACUUGUACAAGAUCCUGCAAUGCAAGAGAUUUUACUCUGUUAUAUGAUAUCCAUUGUAGCAGUAUACUGCAUAGAAAACCAGGACAAAUAUUCAGUCGUCCAGCUGGACUCUUCACCUACCAAGUUCCACUUUGCAUCAGGAAACCUCUCCACUAACAAGAUGGCUGAUGAAGGUAUACCAAGGAAGGUUGUCAAGUCUGUAUUGAGUGUUGAACAGUCCGAGGGUGUUGGUGCCAAAGUCAGACGGAGCGUCGGCAGACCUGAGCUUCGUAACCUGGAUCCUUUCCUGUUGCUUGAUGAAUUCAGGGUUGCAGCUCCGGCUGGUUUCCCAGAUCAUCCACACCGAGGCUUUGAAACAGUGACAUACAUGAUAACAGGAUCAGGAACUCAUGAAGAUUUUGCAGGUCAUAAAGGAGUCAUGCAUGCAGGAGAUCUUCAGUGGAUGACUGCUGGUCGGGGUAUUGUCCACUCUGAGAUGCCCAAUGGAAAUGAUACUUCCCAUGGUCUUCAACUAUGGGUCAAUCUGGCCAAAGAAUUCAAGAUGGUGGAACCGGAAUAUCAAGAACUCCAAGCAAAGAAUAUUCCUCUUGGUGAGAAGGAUGGUGUGUCUGUAAAAGUCAUUGCUGGUGAAGCAUUGGGGAAAAAGGCCAAGGUACGAACCAGAACACCUACUACAUACCUUGAUUUCACAUUUGGAAGUGGAUCAAAGCUAAGACAGCCAGUCACUAAAGGUCACACAGCCCUAGUAUACAUCCUAUCUGGGAAGGCUCAGUUUGGAACUGGAGAAGACAAGAAAGAAGGGGAACCACAUAAUACCCUUGUUCUAUCUGAUGGAGACUUUCUAGAGGUGGAGAAUAUGGGAAGUGAACCAUGCCGUUUUGUGCUGAUAACAGGGAAACCAUUGAAUGAACCAAUUGUCCAAUAUGGUCCCUUUGUGAUGAAUACUGAUGAUGAAAUACAACAGGCAAUCUCGGACUAUCGCACUGCAAGGAAUGGAUUUGAGAAAGCAAGAACAUGGAAAUCAGAGACAGGCAAUGCCAACCGAUAAUUUAGAAUCAUGGCAUCUGUAGAAGUUUUGAAGACGUUUAACUGAUUUUGUAUUCUUUUCUGUUGUCAGUUUGUCAGAGACCUAACUUGAUUCACCUACAAAACUCAUCAUUACACUUUUAUAUAGACUGAACAAUAUAGUUCUUCAGCAUCAUUGUACAUCAAUUUUAAAAUAAUUUUAAUUUUGAUCUUGUAGUGACAUGAUUUUCCUUGUACAUCUAAUUUUUGUCAUUAUUUCACAGGAGAACUAUUGAUGAAUGUCAUAGAAUUCCUGUGAAAUUUAUGUAAGAAAAGAAGAAUAGUUUAAAGAAUAGGAGACCAUUGUGUGAUUGAUCAACUUGAAUUUAUUGAAGAAGGAAUGAAAAGGUUGUGUUUAGAAAGGUGGUAUCAAAUUGAAUUUUUCUUUGUGAAAAUGUGCACAGUGACUGAGAAUUUUGUACUUAAUUUCUUCAAAAUUAAAUGUUAUUCUUGUCAUCAAAUAGACUUUGAUAACCUUGUGUCUUCAACAGAUGUUAUUGUAUUCUACAUUCAUUGUUAAAUCAAAUUAGGCUAAACCUAUUAUUUGUAUUGAAUGAACUUGUCUUUCACGAGAAACUGCAUUUAUAAUGGAAAUGCAGUAUAUUUCUCAAUCAUUUGUUUAAUUGUUAUUCAUUUUUAUCUUGCCUAGCAAAGAUGAAAGGAAAACUAAGGGAUCCAAUCAUCCAAAUGACAUUUUUCCCUCAUCUGACACAAAUGCCAGUUUACCUUUGUAAGACUCUACUGUGACUAAUAACUUGCUCAGAUGACAGUCAAAUUUUGGUCACAGAUGCAUUGGGGGUAUGUUUAUGUUAUGAUGCUGUUGGAGGUCAUAUGGUAAGGUCAGUGGUCAUUUGAGAUCAUACUUAAGGUUAACCUGCAUUACUCUCUCUCUCUCUCUCUUGCCACAUAAUUCAGUGCAUAGUAUUGCAAUAGGAAGCAAAGUUGAGUUAUAGAUGCACUUUGGCUGAAUUCAUGUUAUUAUACCUUCUGAGGUCACAUGGUAAAGUCAAAGGUUAUUUGAGGUCGUGGUGUUUAAGGUGUCACACAUGUUUUUUAUUUCAAUUUUCAUAAGUUUUUGAAUUUGUAUGAUAUCAUGUGGAUUAUUGACUUAUGAUUAAAAUGUGGCAUACUCUUUUGCAUUCCAUUUUUUGACCUCUAUAGUUUUUAAGUGAAAAUGCAGAAAAACAUACCCAAAUUUACUAUAUUCCAUAACAAUGAUUAAUUGAUUAUUCUUGGUGUAUGUCCACUCUGGGCCCUUUGUAAAUACAUUACAGUUAGAAGGCUUGGGAUGUUAUGACAAAUAAAAACUCGGUUAUAUUUUCAUUUUGUUCCAUCAAUAACAACAUAGAGCUAUAAUAAUAAGCAAUAAGCAAUAAUACUACUAGUUCAGACUGUUCUGUAUCAGAUCUAUUGACUGACUCAGCAUUUCUUUUAUUUUGAUAGGGUUGGAAAACCAGGCUUGACGGAUGUGAUGGCAACUCGAACGUUGCUCAAAAUAAUGAAUGUUAUUCUGUUUUCGUAUAUUGUGUUUGACGAAGUUCAUGUUUGAAAAGCACUAAUCACAAAUUUAUGUUCACAGAUACAUAUAGUCCUUGUACCAGUCUUACAUGAAUACACCAAAUUUUGGUAAAUAAAAAGCAGAGCAUAAUAGAGCUUAUCGGUCAGUGGCAAAUUUUACAAAAUCUGAAGGAAAUCAAAGCCGAGUUGUUGUUUUUCCCUUUGUAAUAAAAUGAUCAUCACACCUUAAUUAUGUUGUUUCCUUUUUUUCAUACCAGGUCCCACGCGCCACUCUGUAAGGCUCCAUGCGCCACCAUUUAGAAUCUCUGCUUUAAGUCAUGCUUAAAUGUUGUCACACACAUAACAUGAAAGGCCCAAUAUCAAUUAUUACUGCGCAUUGAUUAUUGUGGUGCAUUAUAUACCACAUGCAACUGGAAUUUAAAUGCAGCUCUAAGUCACACUUUCCUAAGUUACACUUUAAAUCUUUGUGAACCCAUCCCCCCUCAGCUGUUUGCUUUAAUGUAUAUUAUAAUUGUCCAUUUCAUUUUUUAAUUGAUGUAUUAUUGUUGCCUUUUUGGAUGGAGUACUUGUUGAACUAUUCAGAGAACUUUCUGAGUAAAUAUCUGAAUGAAUUUUGUGUAAUAUUUGUCAAAAUAUAUUUAAUCCAGUACUAUAGCUUUGUAGACCACAAUAGAAAUAUAUGUAUAUGUUUGAAUUUUAUUUCAUAGGCAUUGUGAACUACAGAAUUUUAAUAUAAGUAUUUACAAUAAAUGUGUUUUAUGUAUCAAUGUGA